AUGCUUGACCUGAGCAGUGUGAUGGCCAUGUGCGUGGAACAUUUAAGGAAAUAUUUAGACUCACGACCUCAUGCCCGUCAUGUCAUGCCCUCGCUCGUUGUCGUAUAUUUAUUAUACGAGGCUGGAAGCAUCGUCACGUUCAUUCUAGACAUGGAAACUGGUUGUACCUCGUCCCUGUCGAGGCUUGGCGUAGGGCUAGUUACUGUAAAAGAGAGGGUUUUCGUUGACUUUGGAAGCAACUUUUUCGGGAGGGCUCAUUGCUAG